AAAAAUAAGGUCAAAUUAAUAUUAAUUUGUAUUUUUGUUUACCAGUGAGAAUAGAGAGAGAGAGAAAGGGGAAGGAAAGUAGAAGGGGCACUGUGCAAUUGAGAAACGUUGCUGUAUUCAUUUUCUUAACUAAUCGUCUUCUCUAACCAAUCGUCAUUACUGAGAUCACACAGACAGAGAGAGAGAGUGGAGAGAAUGGAGGUUCAGUUUUGGUAGAGAGAAACAUUUUGAAGACGACCAUGAACUGUCGGAGAAUGUUAAAGUCCGUACAAGCCUUGUCGGCUCACAGCUUCCUCUUCUGUUUCACCCUCGUUUUGGUCCUCAAACUUGACCACACCGUCUCUUACUCCUGGUGGGUUGUGUGUCUACCUCUGUGGGCUUUCCACGCUGUUGUUUCUAGGGGAAGAUUCUCACUUCCUGCUCCCAUUGCUCCUCGUAACCGUCGUUGGGCUCCAUGUCAUGCUAUUGUUGCAACGCCUUUGCUUAUAGCUUUCGAAUUACUCCUCUGCGUAUACCUCGAGAGUGCACAUGCUCGUUGGCCACCGGCUGUGAGCUUGAAGAUUGUGUUUCUCCCUUUAUUGGCGUUUGAAGUAACUAUACUUGUGGACAAUGCCAGAAUGUGUCGAGCGCUGAUGCCUGGAGAUGAAGAGAGCAUAAAUGAUGAAGCAAUAUGGGAAGCACUUCCUCAUUUCUGGGUUGCAAUUUCCAUGGUGUUCUUUUUAGCUGCUACAGUCUUCACCCUCCUAAAGCUGUCCGGUGAUGUAGCUGCUCUUGGCUGGUGGGAUUUAUUCAUUAACUUCGGAAUUGCAGAGUGCUUUGCUUUUCUUGUUUGUACAAAAUGGUCCAAUCCAGUUAUCCAUAGAGGCUCACCUGUCAGAGAACCCGGAUCAUCUUCCACCAUUACUAGAUAUGUUGUUUCAAACAGUGGCCUUUCAGAUUUUUCAGAAGACGACAUGCACCAAGAUGGAACGUGUGGCCUGCAAGAUAUCGGUGGUCAUAUUAUGAAAAUCCCCCUCAUUAUAUUUCAAGUUGUGCUUUGCAUGCAUCUCGAGGGGACUCCUGAAGCUGCUAAGUAUAUACCUGUCCCUGUCCUGUUUUCUCCACUCUUCUUACUGCAAGGCGUUGGUAUUCUAUUUGCUGCUUCUAAAUUAGUAGAGAAGUUUGUUCUAUUGCUGCGGGGCGACGAUGAUACAGGAUUGUAUUUUAGAAUUUCAUCCACAGCGCAUGAUUGCUUGGGUUUCUUACACCAUGGAUCCAGGCUGCUAGGUUGGUGGUCAAUUGAUGAAGGAAGUCAGGAGGAGCAAGCUCGUCUCUACUUUGAUCAAGAGUCCGGUUACAGUACCUUCUGUGGUCAUCCGCCUGAAAUAGUCAAGAAAAUGCCUAAGAAAGAUCUUGCUGAGGAGGUGUGGAGACUUCAAGCAGCACUUGGUGAACAAACAGAAAUCACAAAGUUCAGUCAGCAGGAAUAUGAGAGACUGCAAAAUGAGAAAGUUCUGUGUAGGAUUUGUUUCGAAAGAGAGAUCAGUGUGGUAUUGCUUCCAUGCAGACACCGUGUUCUCUGCAGAAACUGCUCAGAGAAGUGUAAAAAAUGUCCCUUCUGCCGUGUAACCAUCGAAGAGCGGCUCCCCGUAUAUGAUGUUUAACGUCUAACAUAACCACCUCUUCGAUAAGUGUACAUAUAUAUAUAAAUCUGAGUUUUUCUUAUUGUGCUUACUUUAGUGUAUUUUUAAACGUACUGCUUUUAAUGAAGGAAACUAAAUAUAGUACUAAUGAAAAUAACUUUACGUAACUACCAUAUGAAUAUUUUUUGGAAAACUAUCUAAUAAUGUCAAGCAGAUUCAUUUU